AUGGUACGGUGUUAUCUUCGUCGAUGCCCCAAAUUCGGAGCGGCGUGCCUCUCAUUUCUCGCGCCUACUUCGUUUAAGUCGUUUGCGGCAAUUAUGCGUGAGAUUGUGCAUGUACAAGCUGGCCAAUGUGGAAACCAGAUCGGUUCAAAGUUCUGGGAAGUGAUCUCUGACGAACAUGGUAUCAAGCCUGAUGGCACAUACAGUGGCGAAUCUGAUUUGCAGCUUGAGCGAAUCAAUGUAUACUAUAACGAAGCACACGGAGGAAAGUAUGUGCCUCGUGCAGUUCUUGUUGAUCUCGAACCCGGAACGAUGGACUCGGUCCGUUCUGGGCCAUACGGGCAGCUGUUCCGCCCUGAUAACUACGUGUUUGGACAGUCUGGUGCUGGAAAUAAUUGGGCGAAGGGGCACUACACUGAAGGAGCUGAGCUAGUCGAUAAUGUUCUUGAUGUAGUUCGCAAAGAAGCUGAAGGAUGUGACUGUCUCCAGGGCUUCCAAUUGACCCACUCUCUUGGAGGAGGUACCGGAUCAGGAAUGGGAACACUUCUUAUUUCUAAAAUUCGGGAAGAGUACCCUGAUAGAAUCAUGUCCUCGUUUUCCGUUGUACCCUCGCCAAAGGUUUCCGACACUGUGGUUGAGCCAUACAAUGCUACACUCUCUGUUCACCAGUUAGUUGAGAAUACAGAUGAGACCUUCUGUAUUGAUAAUGAAGCUUUGUAUGAUAUCUGCUUCCGAACAUUGAAGCUUACGAACCCAACAUAUGGAGAUCUGAAUCAUCUUGUGUCUGUAACAAUGUCUGGUGUUACUACCUGUCUUCGCUUCCCCGGUCAGUUGAAUGCUGAUCUUCGUAAGUUGGCUGUCAACAUGGUUCCAUUCCCACGUCUUCACUUCUUCAUGCCUGGUUUCGCUCCACUCUCAGCUAAGGGUGCUCAAGCCUACCGUGCUCUUACUGUAGCUGAACUGACUCAGCAGAUGUUCGACGCAAAGAACAUGAUGGCUGCGUGCGAUCCACGACACGGGCGCUAUCUUACCGUAGCUGCGAUGUUCCGCGGAAGAAUGAGCAUGCGGGAAGUCGAUGACCAGAUGAUGUCGGUGCAAAACAAGAAUUCGUCUUACUUUGUGGAAUGGAUUCCAAACAACGUUAAGACAGCAGUGUGCGAUAUUCCUCCAAGAGGUCUGAAAAUGGCCGCUACAUUUGUUGGAAACUCUACUGCCAUUCAGGAGUUGUUCAAGCGUAUUUCGGAGCAGUUUACUGCCAUGUUCCGCCGCAAAGCCUUCUUACAUUGGUACACCGGUGAAGGAAUGGAUGAGAUGGAAUUCACGGAGGCAGAGUCUAACAUGAAUGAUCUCAUUUCGGAAUACCAGCAAUAUCAGGAAGCUACCGCUGAUGACAUGGGCGAUCUCGAUGCAGAAGGUGGCGAGGAGGCCUACCCAGAGGAGUAG